CCCCCUUAUUCCUUAAGCAUUUUUAGGUCGUGCAUAUUCAGGCAGACACGCGCGUCCUGUUCUCGGGCUGACCGUCAAGAGCGCCGAGUGACCCAGACGGCAAAGCAUUUUUUUUGUUGCUCGCCGAGUUACUCGGACCGUGCGUGUCGCGCCGUUGCGUCUCGUCGUGCCGGUUUGAUUGCGUCCCGUGCGACUAGUUUUAGAAGACACGCUCCAGUGAACGGUCAUUGCCUUUCUGCGCGAGAGAGAGAGAGAGAAACGAACGAACGAGCGAGCGCGCUCCGAGAAGAGCUUUCGCUGUUUUCCCGCGACUGUUAGUCUGUAGUGGGGUUUUUUUUUUUGGGAAGGGGGGGGGAUUAUCUUUUUUUUCUUCUGGGGAAGCUAUCCAAGCUGCUGCAUCUUCACCGGGUGCAAUAAAACAAAAAGGGUGGGCUUUAUUUAUUAACUUUGGACAUUUCUACACUGGGGGGUGGGUGGGUGGGUGGCCUGGGGGGGAUUAGCGCAGCUACCUUAAAGAUGAGAAGUGUACGCGUGUGGUCGUCUCUUUUUUGUUGCAGUCACCUACUGCUCUGGGUGCUCCUUUGCAAUGGUCCUUUGGAAAAAUGUGCUGCUGGAAAUAACAAUGAACAUUCAUUUACAGAAUACCCGCUAAACUACAAAUUGAUAGGUUUGGAGUCUGCAUUCUUAGUCAAGGACUUGAGGGGACACGAUACAGCGUUCAAUUUCAGCCAAAAGUCUUUGACCCAACCGUUUCUACUUCUUGGCACGACGAAUGCCAAUUGUGGAGUAGGUGUCAGCCAUGGUCCACUUUCGUCCUGGCAAAGUCUGCACGAAGACAACAUCGGAGCCGGCGGCCCCACUUCGCUGCUGUCAGAAAUCCCGAAUGCAAAGUGGAGGGUGGAGGCCUUCGUAGCCGAAAAGGACAAAUUGUCCGACGCACCAAAUGUCCAAGUUUUGUUUUACGUUACUGGGAUUGAUUGGAAUGACAAGGACGCGACAGCCAAACUGCCCUGUGUUAGACUUUACGCGGUGUAUGGCACUCAAGAGGUGAGAGCGUCGUGUCAUCUCCAGGGUGAACUCGGAAUGUGCUUGGCUGAGAUAGAGCUGCCUUCAAAUUGGUUUAACCUGACGGAUCAAGCAAAUAGCAAUACCGAUGAUGAAGAUUUAAUUACGCGGCCCUUGGUUAAUUCUCCGAUGUUUCCUUUCGGCUCUUCCCUUGUUAAUUUGUAUUACACCCUUCAUCCGGCCAUAAAGCAAUACACCUGCACUACUGAAAAUAAUUAUGAUGAAGGAUCAAGAACAGCAAAUGGUGAAUGGAAAAAUAGUCAUCGUAAUUGGAUAACCACCAUUAAGCUGUAUUCUUCGUCGUCGCUCAGAGCAAGGCUUGAAGUGAGGCUUGAUUCGAAUCUACUUAUUUAUUUGCCAACCAAAGCCAUCACACACGGACAACACAUCAACAUUCCACUGCUCCUCAUGAGAAAUUCUACAGUGAAGGACUUUGUUCUCAGAGUGAAAGGGAAGAAAGGGAUGACCCUGCAAGCGGUUGAAUCGAGCAACCCCGGUGUCUGGGAUGCAGCUAUGGACGACGAUGGGGGAAACAAACACACGACGAUCAGGAUUCAGUUCCACAAGAGAGGGAGCCCGACGGACACCAACAGCACGGGAGCAGAGGAGAUUGCACAGCUGAUGUUUGAGAUCAGCAGUGUGAGCAGCCUCUCCGCCACACGCCGAAUCCUCUGGCAGGUGGACUACGUUGGCAAGUCCGUGACAACGGGACAAGUCUAUGUCACAACUGAGCUCACGGUGACUCAGAGAGACAUUUCUGCUAUCUUGCCUAUUGCAGAGUCCCCUGAGCUGGUGAAUACUGCACUCCUGACAGGUCUCCCGGUCACGAUCCCUUUAAGAGUUGUUGCCGUUGAAGCCAAUGGACACGUGUCUGACGUUUCCCAGCGAGCUCGCUGCCACUCAAGUGACGUUGACGUCAUUAAGGUUUCCCCAGCCUGCCAGUACGCGUACGUGCAGGGAAACGAGAGCAGAGGCUCAGUGCGUGCUCGAAUCCAAGUCAGUUACGAGCACCUGCGCUCCUCCGUCGAUCUUGCAGUGUGGCUGCCCAGGCUCCCUUUGCGAAUACAGCUCUCGGACACUGAGCUCAGCCUCAUACGGGGCUGGAAGAUACCUCUGUCCAGACGUUUAAAGGGUGGCACUCAAGGACAGUCGUGCACCCAACAGCGCCAGCACGCCUCUGUGCGGGUGUUGACGCGGUUCUACACAGAGAGUGCCGAUGGCACGGAUCAUGUGUCCACGUUGCCUGGAGCCGAUUGGCUGGCCGACGUAACCCACUUGGUGCGUAACAACCUGUGGGUGCUCGACGGACGAGUGGCCGAGCUGCGCGAAGGCACGGUGCUGAAGGGCCUCGAACCCGGCUCAACCAUUAUUCAGGUUCUGUCACCUGUGUCCGGCGGCGUGCUGGGGGAGCGCGCGGUGACGGUGAGCGAGGAGAAGGUCUCCGUGAGCGGGCUGCACGUGACGCUGCUCUCGGGCCUCUCCCUGUCGCUGCGAGCCAGCAGCAGCGAGCCGGGCGUCGUCGUCGCCAGCACCACCGCGCAGCACGGCCUGCACUCGCUCAAGCAGAAAGCAUCUCUGCUCAUCUGGGUAGAAUUUGAAGACAACACAAUGGUGCCACUGAGCCUCUUCAGCACAAAGGACUAUAAUCUUACCAUCAACAACGUGGACAGACGAGCAGCAUCUAUCAAUGCGGAAAAUCUGUCUUGGGAACCAAUUUUCCAAGCCAAAUGGGAUGGAAAUGAAAAACUGAUUCAAGUGGUGCUGCAAAAUCCACAGCCCUGUUGGGAUGACGAUGCUGAACCCGCUAUGUUCUCAACGUCCGUCGAAGUCCUUGUGAAAUUUGGUCAAAAGAGAGAAGAGGGGGAGGAAGGAGGUGCGAGUAAAACUCCAGACGCCGGCAAAAAUCAAUACGUUAAGAACGUCAGCCAAAUCAGCACAUCCUCUACAGCGAUUGGAGCGAAGACUCAAACGGAGAUUGUGAAAGCGGCCAGGAACAGCUCGCGACACACGGUAGGUCCCAAGGGACAUGGAGGGAAGGAGAGCGUCAGUGAUGGAGGUGCUAUCGGCCCGGCACAACACGGCAGCAGUGGCUCAUCUGAGAGAAAGCCGAGAGGUCUCUCCGAUAUCCAGAUUGGAAUGUACACCUUGCUGACAGUAUUCUGCAUCGCCAUCCUGAUGUUUCUGAUCAACUGCUUAAUAUACGCGGUGAAGUACAGGCGCAGGCGUGUCCACCUGGGGAGUCAAGAGGUCGCUCACAGCCACGAAUGGAUCUGCCUCAGGGACAGUCAGGAAUCGGCCGUCAGUACUCUAAACAAGGACACUAACUCACAGCUCGCCAAGCAGAAGCAUAAAUACGUGGGAGGUCCACAGGUGUACCUCCAGGCCAGCGAGAAGGUGUCUACUGAGGCGUACGUGACGCAGGGGGAAUGCAGGAGCGGGAUUCCUCGUACAUCUCCUCUUCGGAAGAAUUCCAUAUUUACAACAAUCUGGGUGACGAGCAACAGCAGUAAGGCACAGGCGGCUGCUAGCCCUUCUCGUUCUGCCAGAGAUGAGAUCGCAUUAUCAUAUUCCCGUGACGUUUGUUGAUAGUAACAAAAAUAUAUAUAUAGGAUACAACCGAAAAAAAUAUACAUGACGUGGCAUGAGAGAACUUUGGAUAUUUUGGUGAUGUAUCAUAAUCGGCUUGUAAAAUAGUAAAAUAAUGGGCAACAUUGGCCAGCUGUUGUAGUAUGUGUAUAAGAUUACAAUUUGCAAAAGUAACAUUGUCAUUUGUGAUAAUCUUCUCUAAUCUCUACAAAUGAUAUCAAGGAUAACUACGUACAAAUCUCGGCACACAGUUAAACAUGCACAUUUAUCCAUAAAGGUGUGUAAUGUACAUCGUUAUUUGCACGAAUUUAAGCUUUAAUGAUCCAUUUUUUAAAGUAAAUGCUGUUUUCACUGAUGUUGAUUUUACUUUAGCAUACUGAAAUAAAUGGUUGCCUGUUACAUUCCUUUACACCGACGCAUCGUUGCCAUUAAUAGGUGUGGACAUACCAUCCGAGACUGUUUAAGGUGAUGUUUUUAAACAACACAUUAACAUAACUUUAAUCAUCUAAAUCAACCUUCCUUCACGGCUCCCAGAGCAUUCGCAUUCAGUGCGGCCAGUUCGCUUAAUGGAAUGAUUUAUGGCUCUCUCUUUAAUUGGUAUUUGUCUAUCAAAGGGAUUGGGAGGGGCUGUUAAUGAAUCCCCUCGUAGACUGAGUAUACAAUUUUAUUUUCUACCACGUUGUCGAGGGAAUAGAUGAGAUUGAAAACUUAAAUAGGGUGUUUAACUGUAAAUGUUUCUAAGGAGCCUUGGGCAGGGCCACCAGAGAACGCGAGGGCGUAGAAGGAGCGAGUGCUGUGAGCAGGUAAUAACGAAGAUUACAGUGUACCUCAAACGUGAUGUAGCCGUUGCAAUUACGGAAGGAACCAGGAGAGCAAGGCAAUUUAAUGGUACCGACAUCCAGUCAGCACCGCAUUCGUAAAUCACCAUCAUAAGCAGCCAUUUUCUAUCCACUGCUGAAGGAAGCCCCCCCCCCUCAUACUUUUGCUUUCCCCUCGCGGUUCUACGAUGCCCAACAAUCCAUCUCGCUCCCAUCUCCAUGGUGGUUCUCUCCCCUGGGUGCAUUCCCUCGCUAUUUGGCUGUCCUUCUGUCACCAGCGUCAUCCAUCGGCCCUCAUCGUCCCUUCUUGUCACGCGUCUUGCUCCUUAAUCUCGAAUAACUGUCCAGAGCAGUCAUUAUGUUGUCUCUGAAUUUGAUUUUGUUCACUGAUCGAUGUGUCCCUCUUUCUCUCUCUCUCUCGGUGUAAUUCGUAGCAUGGAUAUCUCGAUUCUUCUUUAUGUCACUUCUUGAGAAUUUGUUUAAUGUUAUUUUUCGGUGUUCCGUGCUUCUGAUACGUUUGUAAUAGCUGGCAAUGUGCUAAUUUAAAGUCUUCUUGGUAUGUGGCAUUUCAUUUUCAGGUUCAGCUUUUAUCAAGAUCUUCAUCCUGCACAUAUUCACCUCUUUUUUAAGAACUUGAUUCUCAUCUGCGUUAAUUAUUUGCCCGAGUUAUACACCCACACUUUACUGUUUCAAGUUGCAAACUUGUUGUACAUGAUGUACAACAUGGCACCUUUAGGAGAACAUCAAAAUUGCAUGGUAAUUCGCGAAACUGCUUUUUAAAUGUAUUCAGAACACAGUUUACUCCCACAUCUGUCUUUAGUUUCCAAAAGAUUGACUUCAUUUCCAGAGAACAGAUAUCCUUGGGUAAAUGUGUUCUUCUAUCAAAGAUAAUUAAGCAAAAAUAAGGUGAGUGUAAACUUGUGCAAUUAAACGCCUGCAUAUAAAAUAUUUUGCAUCAAGGGGCAGCGCAAUAUUAAUUGGUUUUACCAACUAUAAUCGCCAACACAAACAACUCGCCAAGAACGGCCAUGAUCAAUCCACUACUGGGCGUAAGGGCCUCUCCUAAACCAUCACAAACCUCUCACUGGCAACUGUGAUGAGUACAGGGACUCCUCUGCUUACGAACGAGUUAGGUUCCAGAUGUCUGUUCAUGAGUCGAUUUGUUUGUAAGUCCAACUUUCCUCCUGUCGAUUCCAAAAAUGUUGUACGGCAUGUACACUAAACACGGGGAAUGAGUUUUAAAGUUGUAUCAUCUUCUGUAGAUGUAGAUGCCACUGGCUCUUGAUGCUCUGCAGAUGUAGA